UGCCGAACUACCGAACACCCCCGACUAGACUAGUAGGCACGGCAAUCGGGCCGUUCGGAUGUUGCAGGCCAGGAUACUGGUAGUCGUUCGCAUAAGCAUGAGAGCCCUUGUCCUGGAUUCGGAAACCGAGGUAUCAGUGGAGAAAAUUAGUGAUUGUGGCACGUUCAGCAGGAAAUCUGGUGAAUCAUGAAUACGGAUACUAAGAGAUGGAAUUUGAGACAUGGAUUAGCAGGAGUUGCCGUGUAUGAAGACCAUCGCAGCGCACCGUGGCGUGGUCAGUCGAAGGCUGACACACGAAAGCGGAGACGAACUCGACGUGGAAGGUCAGGAUCCGGUGCUGAACCCCAAGACACUUGAUGAACAGCAGACAUCAGGCAGGAGCGGACAAGCGGAAAAAGUAUGAAAGAAACAACGAGACAGCGGCCUUCGAGGGAGCAAAACCGUAAAGAAUCCGUUCAUCACAACAACCAGCAUUUUCUUCCUCACGUCCCGAGCCCAGCCCAAGAGCGUAACGAAAAAAAAGAAAAGGGAUGUAAAGCCGGUCAGACUUCCAUCGAUACCCACCCCGCCCAAGCGCCCGAAGGCAAGACCUCGGGAAAGCCGGGGUACAGAUCAUCGCCACUCUCUAUACAGACCGCAGCACGAAAGCCGGCAGCCUGCCACCUUUGCAGGCAGAGCGAGAGUAAAAAAAGGAUCUCACUGUAGGGUACCGAGGAUAUCGCUCAUCAACCCGGGUGGGAUCUGUGGCUCCUUUAGGGAACACAAAUGGGGACAACUACUAUAGAAAUGAUUCUCUGAAGUAUUGUCGACAUGAAGAAGAAAAGAGAAAAAGAAAUCAAAAGGGUGAGAGGGCCGCGCUCAUUAUAUAGAGCGAGGAGAUGGUCUGUGCACGUCUGCAAAUCUGCAGAAGCCCCACUUGCCCACAGUCCCCGCAUGCAGAAUUUUACAACGGAUUUGGCGAUGUUUGGACCCGCAAAAGAUCUUGCCAUGCAAGACCGCCAAAACUUAUC